ACAUCAAGAUAUAUACGUUAGACCCGUCUUUGGAGUCCAAAACAAAUUUUGUUUUGUUCAUUAGUACUAUUUCGGCACGAGGCGCUAGACGAAACCAAAUUGCCAACCUAGGGCUAGAAGCCUCCUUCUUGCCCAUCCCAUCGGAUUUAUCUCUAUUUGGGGCAGAUAUUUUAGCAAACACCCUCUAUAUAAAAAUUGCAGCAAUUAACAUGGCGGACGCCGAUCAAGAAAGGUCAGAAUCAUCGAUGGUUGACGGGAACACUUUGGUGGCCAUGUGCCUGGCGCGUGCCGGCGUGGAUAGGAUGUUUGGGGUCGUGGGUAUCCCGGUUACAUCCCUCGCGAAUAGCGCCGUAGCUUUAGGGGUCCGGUUUAUUGCAUUUCACAAUGAGCAGUCGGCGGGAUAUGCCGCCUCCGUCUAUGGGUAUCUCACCGGCCGCCCUGGGUUGCUCCUCACUGUCUCGGGCCCUGGUUGUGUCCACGGCCUAGCUGGACUUUCCAACGCAGCCGCUAAUGCCUGGCCUAUGGUCUUGAUUUCCGGAUCCUCCGAUCAGAGUUUCACAGGUCGUGGCGACUUCCAAGAGCUCGAUCAAAUUGAGGCAGUAAAACCCUUCUCCAAAUUCUCUGCUAAAGCUACCGAUAUCAGUCGAAUUCCCGCCUCUGUUUUCAGCGUCAUUGAUUGGGCAGUUGCAGGCAGGCCCGGUGGGACUUAUUUGGACCUCCCGACCGAUGUUCUUCGCAAAACAGUUUCGGAAUCUGAGGCCGACAGAUUAAUUAUCCAAGCUGAGAACGAAAGAAACAAAGAACUAAUUGAAAAGCCAAGAAUCAAUUAUUCAGAAAUCCAAACGGCAGUUGAGUUGUUAAGGAAAGCUCAGAGACCUUUGAUUGUGUUUGGAAAGGGUGCGGCUUUUGCUAGAGCUGAAAAUGCAUUGAGGAAACUGGUGGAGAGCACUGGAAUUCCAUUUUUGCCUACUCCCAUGGGAAAGGGGUUACUGUCCGACACGCACGAGCUAGCAGCCACGGCUGCCAGGUCACUAGCUAUCGGAAAAUGUGAUGUGGCAUUGGUGAUUGGUGCUCGGCUUAACUGGUUGUUGCAUUUUGGGGAGCCGCCCAAGUGGUCAAAGGAUGUGAAGUUUAUACUUGUUGAUGUAUGUAAAGAAGAAAUUGAGUUGAGAAAGCCAUCUUUGGGGAUAGUGGGGGAUGCAAAAGAUGCAGUGGAGAAAUUACAUAAGGAGAUUAAGGAUGAUCCAUUUUGUUUGGGGAAGACUCACCCUUGGGUUGAGGCGAUAAAGAAUAAAGUUAAGGAGAAUGUGGCAAAAAUGGAGGUGCAGCUGGCAAAGGAGAUAGUGCCCUUCAAUUUUCUGACGCCAAUGAAGAUAAUUAGGAAUGCCAUUUUGGAGAUGGGCAGUCCUGCUCCCAUUCUAGUUUCUGAAGGAGCUAACACGAUGGAUGUUGGCCGCUCUGUACUGGUUCAGACGGAGCCCAGGACUAGGUUGGAUGCCGGGACUUGGGGGACAAUGGGAGUUGGUCUUGGAUAUUGCAUUGCUGCGGCAGUGGCAUCACCUGAUCGGCUAGUUGUUGCUGUUGAAGGUGACUCGGGAUUCGGGUUCAGUGCGAUGGAAGUCGAGACGUUGGUUCGAUAUCAGUUGCCUGUGGUGGUUAUAGUCUUCAACAAUGGUGGAGUUUAUGGUGGUGACAGGAGGAACCCCGAUGAAAUAACAGGUCCUUACAAGGACGACCCGGCGCCUACUUCUUUCGUCCCUGGUGCAGCAUAUCAUGUUCUCGUUGAAGCUUUUGGAGGAAAGGGUUAUCUUGCUGGGACUCCAGCUGAACUAAAAUCAGCACUUGCCGAAUCUUUUUCAGCAUGGAAACCUACUGUCAUAAAUGUUACAAUCGAUCCAUAUGCUGGUGCAGAAAGUGGAAGACUUCAGCACAAAAAUUGAGGUCUGUGUGCAGUUAGUUUAUGCACAGGGAAUGUUCAAAUUCACAGUUUUCUCUGAGGUUGUAGCCGGUAUUUCUUGAUAUCCUAGCACAUUGGUAUCUUCAAUGAUAGUGUAUUUUAGUUGCUGCCGCAGCAUACGGGUACUUUUGUAACUUUACUUUGAACCUUGUUUUUUUUCCCCACAAUUGUAUUUUAUUUUAAUUUUUAAUUUUAAAUCUACAAAUGCCACUGUCAUUAUCACA